AUGUCAUCUUCUACAUCACCAAGUAGUAAUAGUAGUCAUAGCAGCGGUAGUGGUAAUAGGUCAACAGGUCCAAUUAAAAGAUGUGAGGUUACUGUCUCAUUGGUAGAGCUAGCUAUAGUCAGUCAGUCAUUCAGUCAGUCAGUCUUGGUAUUUAAUUUAAUUCAAUUUAAUUUUCCAACCUAUCUCUCUAUCGUCAUCACGAGUUUUCUUCUUUUUUCGUCUCUCCUCAAUUAA